UUCGCCUACAUGAACUACAGAGUCCCUCGGACAAGGAAGGAGAUUUUCGAAACCCUCAUCAAGGGCCUGCAGAGGCUUGAGUACAGAGGCUACGACUCGGCAGGUGUGGCCAUUGAUGGGAAUAAUCAUGAAGUCAAAGAGAGACAUAUUCAGCUAGUCAAGAAAAAGGGAAAAGUCAAGGCUCUGGAUGAAGAACUUUACAAACAAGACAGCAUGGACUUAAAGGUGGAGUUCGAGACACACUUUGGUAUUGCCCACACACGCUGGGCCACCCACGGAGUCCCCAAUGCUGUUAACAGCCACCCGCAGCGCUCAGACAAAGGCAAUGAAUUUGUUGUCAUCCAUAAUGGGAUCAUCACAAAUUACAAAGAUCUGAGAAAAUUUCUGGAAAGCAAAGGCUAUGAGUUUGAGUCAGAAACAGAUACCGAGACCAUCGCCAAACUGAUUAAGUAUGUAUUUGACAACAGAGAAACUGAGGACAUUACAUUUUCAACACUGGUUGAGAGAGUCAUUCAACAAUUGGAAGGUGCUUUUGCUUUGGUUUUCAAGAGUAUCCACUACCCAGGAGAAGCUGUUGCUACAAGGAGAGGCAGCCCACUGCUCAUUGGAGUGCGGAGCAAAUACAAACUCUCCACAGAACAGAUCCCCAUCUUAUAUAGGACAUGCAAUAUUGAGAAUGUGAAGAAUAUCUGUAAAACAAGGAUGAAGAGACUGGACAGCUCCACCUGCCUUCAUGCUGUGGGUGAUAAAGCAGUGGAAUUCUUUUUUGCUUCUGAUGCAAGUGCCAUCAUAGAACAUACCAACCGGGUCAUCUUCCUCGAGGAUGAUGACAUUGCCGCAGUGGCUGAUGGGAAACUCUCCAUUCAUCGAGUCAAGCGCUCAGCUAGUGAUGACCCAUCUCGAGCCAUCCAGACCCUGCAGAUGGAAUUACAGCAAAUCAUGAAAGGUAAUUUCAGUGCAUUUAUGCAGAAGGAGAUCUUCGAACAGCCAGAAUCAGUUUUCAAUACCAUGAGAGGUCGUGUGAAUUUUGAGACCAACACAGUGCUGCUCGGUGGCUUGAAAGACCAUUUGAAGGAGAUUCGACGGUGUCGAAGGCUCAUUGUAAUUGGCUGUGGAACCAGCUAUCAUGCAGCUGUGGCUACACGGCAAGUUUUGGAGGAACUGACUGAGCUCCCGGUGAUGGUUGAACUUGCUAGUGAUUUUCUGGACAGGAAUACACCUGUGUUCAGGGAUGAUGUUUGCUUUUUCAUAAGUCAAUCAGGCGAGACUGCAGACACACUCCUGGCUCUGCGCUACUGUAAGGACCGCCGAGCCCUAACCGUGGGUGUCACCAACACUGUGGGCAGUUCCAUCUCCCGUGAGACUGACUGCGGUGUCCACAUCAACGCAGGGCCAGAGAUUGGUGUGGCCAGCACCAAGGCUUACACCAGCCAGUUCAUUUCUCUGGUGAUGUUCGGUUUGAUGAUGUCCGAAGACCGAAUCUCACUACAAAGCAGGAGGCAAGAGAUCAUCCGUGGCCUGAGAUCUUUACCUGAACUGAUCAAGGAAGUGCUGUCUCUGGAUGAGAAGAUUCAUGACCUGGCCCUGGAGCUGUACACACAGAGGUCACUCCUGGUGAUGGGUCGGGGCUAUAACUAUGCCACUUGCCUGGAAGGAGCUUUGAAAAUUAAAGAGAUAACUUACAUGCACUCAGAAGGCAUCCUGGCUGGGGAGUUGAAGCACGGGCCCCUGGCGCUGGUUGAUAAGCAGAUGCCUGUCAUUAUGGUCAUCAUGAAGGAUCCUUGCUUCGCCAAAUGCCAGAACGCCCUGCAACAGGUCACAGCCCGCCAGGGUCGCCCAAUUAUACUGUGCUCCAAGGAUGACACUGAAAGUUCCAAGUUUGCAUAUAAAACCAUAGAGCUGCCCCACACUGUUGACUGCCUCCAGGGAAUCCUGAGCGUUAUUCCACUUCAGCUUCUUUCCUUCCACCUGGCUGUUCUCCGAGGAUAUGACGUUGACUUUCCAAGAAAUCUGGCCAAGUCUGUCACCGUGGAAUGAAAACAAGACCAUAAGGAGACCAUCACCAACUUUGGUCUGCUUCAAGACCCAUCCCAACUACAGGGAUGCCACGUGGGGAAAGAGGGCAUUCUGCGUGUUCCCAGUAGAGCUGACAGCUUCAAUGUGCCUUGUACCCAAGUGCUUUUGCUUAUAGCAAAUACUGUUUCUCUGUGUCCUGAAGUUGCCAAGGAGAAGGGGAUCAUUGUUUACACAGGGGAUCAGAGCAGACUUUUCCACUACUGUGCAAUAGAGAUACAGCUCUCUUCAGAGUAACUGUGAACCUUUUUUUUAAACCAACACUAGUUAGUUUUAAAAGACAAAAUAUUUAUAAUGAUGAUUGUAUAGCUUUUAAGUUAUUUUUCUAGUAUUUGGCUUUCUAUAGCCAUGGUAACGCCCAGACGUGCAUCUCAGCUACCUAGUGCGCUGUUUCUGGACUCAUUCCUGGCGAGUGGCAUUCAUCUCAGAUUUGAGCACAAAGCAUUGACCCUCUGGACUCCUUUCUAUUUUCCCUUCCUUUCUAGGCUGCUCCUGAUUCCUGACCCCUGACAUCAGUGAAGCCUUUCUAGCCAUCUUCCUAUAAAUUCCUAUAAAUCCAAUAGAAACAUCAAUUUCCUUCAACAUUUUCUUCCUGUCUGUGGCCCAAACCCUUUCUACUCUCUGACUUCCAUUUAAUGAGAUCAUGGUUCUUUUUAAGCCCAGGCGCAUUUUGGUCCCUGCUCCCCUCCCAUAGUAAAACAGCUUGAAAUGCCCUGUGCAAGAGGAUAGUUUUGAGUGGGCUGCCCUGCUCUCUAUUUAAAAGCGUGCACAAUCAAAGUACUAUGCAAUUUUAAGACAAUAAAGAUAGUACAGUUUUUUU